AUGGAAUUACAUUAGCCUCUACCAGUGAAGAUGAAUCAAGAUUUAAAUUCAGGAGAGGAGAAGAUAAUUUUAAAAGAACAUCUUGGAUAGGCCUCAUCAAUAUGUUUUACCCCAGAUGGAACGCAAUUAGCAUCUGGUAAUAAAGAUGCUUUAAUCUGCAUAUGGGAUAUAAAAACAGGAGAAUAAAAGACCAUAUUAUAAGGACAUAAUGAUAAUUUCAUAUCAUUAUGUUUUUCCCUGAUGGUAAUUGGUUAGCAUCCAUUAGCGAAGACACUUUUAUCAAAAUAUGGGAUACUAGAUCUGGAGUAAUAAAGUAUACAUUAUAAGGGCAUAGCGAUUAUGUGAGAUAAGUAUGUUUUUCUUCUAAUGGUGCUGCUUUACCAUUCUAUAGCGAAGAUGAAUCUAUACAUUUAUGGGAUAUAGAGUCUGGAAAAGAAAAAAAAUAAUAAAUGGACAUGAUGGAACUAUUUAUUCAUUAUGCUUCUCUACAGAUGGCAUCAAAUUAGCCUCUAGAGGUGAAGAUAAAUCAAUCUAUUUAUGGAAUGUUAAAUCAGGAGUAAAAAAUAAAAUAUUAAAAUAUUAAAAGGACAUAAUGGAUAAGUUUCAUCCUUAUGAUUUUCUACUGA